GGGGACCUCUCCACCCCCGGGUUUGGUAGAAAAAGGCUCCUUUCGUCAUGUCCUGACACCAUGGCCGGUGGCAUGUCGUCAAGCUAUGCUGGGGUUUCCUAGAGGGUUGGUAAUGGAGUGCUGCCAACGGUGAUGUUCAGAAACGCCCACGUCAUUCUGUAGCAACCAGGAGUUUGGUGAAGAUUGCUGCCGACACGUCUGUUAGUACCCUGCCAACUCACCAUGCUCCAAGAAAGGUAUAUUUCGUUAUACAUGACCUCCUGGUGUUGGGUAAAGGUACGACAUAGAGCGGUGCUGGCUACUUGCAUGGUCCUGCUGUUUUUUAGUGCCGAUAGUGGAUGGAAGUUAAAUCGUAGUUGUAAUUCUGAUUUUGAAUUGGUUUGGAGUACUAUUGUAGGAAGAACUUUCUCGAAGAUAUCAAUGGAGGCUUCCUGCUCCUCCCCUCGGGGUCCUAUUUCCGAGGAGGACAAGCUAAGAGUGAGAGAAAUUUUGAAGGAGUGUUAUCUGAAGGGAAUUCUUCCCGAGGAGUUUGCUCCGGAAGUAGUCGAGUCAGGCUCUGAUUAUGUUAGAAUUGUGGUUAACAAGGAGUUCUAUGAUGUCCAAGCUGAAUGGUUAGCAGAACACUCGAUGACUAUCCACUUCGGGGACGACUCCACCUCCCUACCUGUCAAAGUUAAGAACAGAUUAGUUCGAAUUUAUGAGGAGGGGUGGGUCAGGCGGUUACAGGUGAUGGUGGGGGAGCUGUCUUUGCAGUUGAAUGAGGAGCCAGAAGACGAAGGGGGAGCGAUCUCUCUGGCUGUUUGGUUGAAGAAUAUGGCCGACGACAUGCUGGACAUCAUCUGGGGGAUGGAGGAAGGGCCGGAUCCCCAGCUGGAAGCCUGCAUCGAUUGGAAGAGGGCAGAGGCCAUGAUGUCUACCUACUAUGACCUCUUAGCUGAGGGUCGCAACCUGCGCUGUAAGCUUGAAGACCAAUUGAAGGGCAAAGACGACCUGGAGGGUGAGGAGUGGCAGGAGGACGGAGCGCAGGGAGACAAGGUUAACUCCAGCGUCAGCAUCAACAACAACAACAUCAACGACAACAACAACAUCAACAACAACAAUGACUACAACAACAACAACGACAACAACAACGGUUACAACAACAACAACAAUGAUGACAACAUCAACAUCAACAACCAAAACGUCAACAACAACACCUACAACGGAAGCGCUGAACAUGGCAGCAGCGGGGUGGAGAACGGUGCCCGCGCAUAUCUGGUCAUCGUCAGCAACAUGGGAGAGAUGCCGCACGUGGAUGUGGUGGAAUUCGGGGCUGACAACAACAAUGGCGAGGGCGGCAACGACGAUGAUGGCGGCAGGGAUCUCCAUGACAACAGUCACAACAACGACAACAAUAACAACGUCGACAACAACAACAACAGCGGUGAUGGCGGCAGCGACGACGAUGGCGGCAGCGACGACCCCGGCAGCAGCGGGGCAGAGAGCAUCAGCAUGACGGGAGAGAUGCUGCAUGCUGGCGUGGAGGGGAGUGGGCUUGACACAGAUAAGAGGUUAGCCAACUUCCCCCUCCUCCCCCCUCUCAACCUCGUUGGUUGGCUGAAGGUAGGAGUGGGAUAGUCGUUGUUGGGAGUGGGAUAGUCGCGGUUGAUUGGUGUUGUCCGGCCCACAAUAUC